AAAAUACUCAUAUACUAUACUUAUUAUAAUAAUGCACCUGAGUUUGUAAGAAAUAUGACGGAUGAAAACUUUUUUUUUGUAAUUGCGUUAAACGAAAACGAAUAGAACAUGAAUGUAAAAUCAGCCGAUUCUAAAUCUAAUUCGAAUGAAAAUCAUUCCGAAUCAAUUGAUUCAAAUGAUACUAAUGUUAUUCCAAGAGAAUUUAAUCGAUACCUCAAUGUACCGCCUGUAAUUACGAAUCCUAAUAGCAAUUAUUUUGCGCAACAAUUUCCUUAUAACAAUUCUAAUACUUUACCUUUCUAUAAUUCAUCCAAUCAAAACAUUUAUCAACAAAAUGUUGGCAAUUAUUAUAAUCCCAAUUGGAACAAUAAUUUGUAUCAUCGUCGAAAUCCUCCAUAUCCAUGUUAUAAUCCAUCAAUGCCUACAAUCAUAUCAAAAAUGGCCGAAGAAAAAAUGAAACCUGCAUUCAAAUCAAUUGAAAUGAUUCUGGAAACAUUUAACUCGAUCAACAUGAUAUUAGAUUCUACAUAUUCUACAUUUUAUGGAUCAUUUCGAACUAUAACCGGUGUAGCAGAUCAUUUGAUUUUCAUACGUAAUCAUUUGACAGAAUUGGCCUUGUUUCCUCGUUUAGCUCGUACUUUGAUCAGUUUCAUCAAAUGGUUGUUCAAAUUUUUGGGCCUAAACCAUACAAAAUUGGGCUCAAUGUUCGAACAACAAACUAAUAAUGUUAUCUGGAGCGAAGCGAUGUCAUCAUCCAGUGCAAUGAAAAAUCCCAUAUUAAAUUCUACAGAAGGUGAUAAGCCACAAUCUUCAUUGUGGCCUGUGAUGGCAUUUUUUUCGUUGAUAUUUGGUACGCCAUAUAUUGUUUGGCGAUUACUUGGAGCCAAUGGUCAGAUUCCACGAAUCAAUCAACCUGAUUGGACUAUCAAAAAUGGGCGACAUUUUGUGGCCAUUGGAUUACAAAAUUUUCAAGCUCGUAAUACAAAUGAAUUAAGUUUCCGUAAAGGACAGAUGUUGUAUAUAAAACCAGAAUCACUACAACCCGAUUCAAAAUGGUUAGUAGCUUGUACGAUUAAUGAUGAUGAAAUGAAACCGGUAGAAAUUGGAGUAAUUCCAUUGAAUCUUGUAAAAUUAUUAAUGAAAAAAUAAAUGAUAUUUAAUAAUGUUUUUA